CACCAGUCGAGUACAGAAGCUGCAAACUCUCCAACAUACAUCAGUAUGAUGAUGGCUCGAGGUGUUUUUAAGCUGCAAUCCCUGUCUGGUGUGCUUUGUGGGAAAUCAUGGAUUGUCGGAGCUUUGACAGUUAAAAGAGUUGUGGUUUGUCGGGCUGCUGUGAACCAACAGAAAAGAUCCUUUUGUUCAUCAACUGCAUCUGAGGGCGACAGGUCAGAUGAAAAACUGAUGGUGCACUUCAUCAAUCGAGAUAAUGAAAAAUUAACUGUAUUGGCAAAGGAGGGUGAAAGUCUGCUUGAUGUUGUGAUCAAAAAUAACUUAGAUAUUAAUGGAUUUGGAACUGCCAAAGUCUGA